AUGAGUCACACCACAUCGCCUUCACCGGCAUCGCCGGAACACUCGACGAUGCGCACCAUCACCGUUGCCCUCUGCGCGAGCUCCAAGAAGUACCAGCAGUCCUUUGACGCGCUACGAGAGGCAGGGAAGCUGCACAAUGAGCGCGUUCUCCGGCUGCAACAGCACUUGGCGGCGGGCCAAGCGUGUGGGGGCGAUGCUAGCGGGGACGCAGGUGGCGCAAGCACAGCGGCGCAGCAGAAGGGCUGCCUCAGUCCCAACAACGGCAACCGCAGCAUGACUCCGCGCACGAGGAGUCGAAGGGUAAGCCGCGCGACCUCCGACGUAGCCACAGCGCACUCUGCUCAGAGCUUCUGCACGGCAGUGGACUCGGCGUCACAUUCCAUCUUGGACAAUUGCCUCUUCCGCUUUCUCAACUUAAACUAUGAUGCCCAGUGGCACCGCAUGGUCGUGUGUGACAGCGGAGAUAGCACAGGAGUGGACCUACCCGCCGUCGUCGCGAAUGAAGAGAGUAAGGCCAAGGCAGGGCGGAUCCUGAGCGUAGAUGAGCACGCGGUGACGGACGACGGGGUCAGAGGCAGGGCAGAACCAUCCCAAGGCGCACUCACAGACACGGUGGAUGUGGUGCUGCACAAGGUGGCGACGUUCGGCACUCCGUUUGCAGUCCACGCGCUUGAACGGUGGUGCAAAUUUGCGCAGAAGCGGCGAAGCCGACAGUGCAGGGUGCCUCUCGUUGUGGUCGACCCCAUCGAAAAGGUUCAGCUGCUCAUGACGCGCAGUCUGCAGUGCAAGCUGCUGGACAGCAUGGGCGACGACAAGCAACCCGUCGCGCUGACACCGCGCACGUUCAUGUGGGAGCGACCGUCCAGUGUACCUUUUCGCCGCACCGGGGGCACGAGCGGAUCAAGCGUAGCCACCCCGCUUGGUAUCCACUCUUUCACAUUUAUGGACGAGGAGGAGGCGCGCGCGAACGGGACGGCGGCGGAACGCUGGUGGAUUGCAAAACCUAACAAGAGUACUGGCCCCGCCUUCACACAUCAUCUGGUGAUGUGGCUCACCCGCGAUGCGGAUGUGACGGUGCCGACAGCCGUGAAGGCCGCCCUCCCGACCGAGGCUCGUCGCUUCAUUAUACAGGAGCUCUAUGUGUACGCGCUCCCAGUGGUGCUGAAGGUGUACUGUGUCGGUUCACAUAUGAGCGUGAAGGUGAAUCCCACCGUGAACCUGCUGGCCCACCUGUGGGAGCACACGCGCGGGUCGACAGCGGUAGACGUGCCAGUGACGAUCGACUCCCAAGACAAGGUGUUCUUCUCGGACGUCGCCAGCGGCUCCACUGCCAGCUCACGGCAUACGUCGUCCACCGCAUCGCUUACAGAGCUGCCCCAGGGUAUGUCAAGGAGCAGCACAAGCGCGGAACAGCUGUCGACUCCAUGGGAGUCGAUGAUUGCGCCAGCGGACAGGUGGGACGCCUUCUUUGCCCCAGGCACUCCUGCCCACACCGCCAUCAGCAAACUGGCGCAGAACCUCUCUGGUUACGCCGGCAUUGGUCUCUCCCUGUAUGGUUUCGAUCUCGUGCUCGUACCACAGCAUCUCGCACACACGUACCAACGCAAGGGCGCGCGCGGCAUUGGACGCACCGAAGGUGCCACCGUGCGGUACGAUGGGGUGGCGUCCUCGUCGUCGAAGGUGGCCCACCGCAGCGCUGACACACCGGAACUGACGCCGCGGCCCUCUGCUAACCACAGCAUGCACACCUCACCUGGAGCGGGCGCCUCAGCGCCGCCAACUCUGGUGCCGCAACCGUUUCACGCCAGCGACAUGUUUGACCGCAUCUCUGGCGCGCCGACGUCGCUCUUGCUGGACAGCAUCCCUGUAGUCAUCGAUGUGAACUACUUCCCUGGUUACAAGGGAAUCGCCGAAGCGAACCAGCACAUGCUGGAGCUGAUUGCUCUCAAGACUCUGCACGUGCAGAAUGACUCAUCUAACAGGAUGUGGCCCGCCGACGCCGCGGCUGGGAAGUAUGCUAAGAAGCGGCACUGCUCGAUAAUGUAG